GACGGACGAGCGGCAGCUAGCAACAGGCAGGGGAGUUACAGACCGUGCAGCUCAGCUGUGCGUCCAGUGAGCAAGGUCUGGAAAGCCAAUCAGAGCGCCCCGCCUCACGGAGCUGCCGGAGCCGGCGCUGGGCUGGUCCCUCCCUGCGCAGCGAGCAGGCUGUGGGUUAGGUUGAGCCGCUAUAUGUCAGCUCGUCAGUGGGAUGGCUGGGGGGAGCUGAAGAUGGCGGCGCUGUGUGAGGAUGGGAGGUAUGGGCUGGCCUGUGGGAGAAGGAAGGCAGACAGGAUCUCGGUGCUGCAUGUGAAGUUAACAGAGACCGCGUACAGGGCGCUGGAGAGUUACCAGAACUGCAAGAAUGGACCCUCCCCUCAGCCAUCGAUCCAGUUCAUGGGACUCCAGGGGCGCAUCAAGAUCCCUCGCGCCGGCGCUCCGGACGAGCUGCGGAGCUUCGAUUUUUACUUGUCCAGCGUCGGGAAAGACAACCCUCAGGGAAGCUUCGACUGCGUGCACCAGUUUGUGUCGAGCUCCGGCGCCUCCCAGCUGGCCUCCCUGGGAACCGUGCAGGAUAAGAUCACCGUCUGCGCCACCAGCGACUCCUACCAGACGACGCGGGAGCGGAUGACGCAGGCCGAGGAGGAGAAGAGCAGCCGGAGCACCAAAGUCAUCAAGCCUGGAGGGCCGUUCGUAGGUAAGAGGGUCCAGAUCCGGAAGCCGGCGCCAGGCGCCCCGGACCCCGCGCCUGAAAGGAAGCGGUCGACGCCCAUUAACCCCGCCACCACGAUCCGCAAGAGCAGCGCCAGCAGCCCGGUCGCCCUGCGGCCGUACCGGGACCGCGUGAUCCACCUGCUGGCCCUCAGGCCGUACAAGAAGCCCGAGAUCCUGGCCCGCCUGCAGAGGGAGGGUGUGAACCAGAAGGACAAGAACUCGCUGGGCCUGACCCUGCAGCAGGUAGCCAACCUCAACCCCAGGGACAACUCCUACACGCUGAAGGAGCACAUGUACAAGGAGGUUCAGAAGGACUGGCCGGGAUAUUCGAAAGCGGGCGGCGGCCAGGCCGAGGCGUCCUCCUGCAGUCCGCCCAAGGAGCCCGAUGCGGGGUCACCCCCUCAGAAACGGCCCCUGGAAGGCGAUUUCAUCGACCCUCUGAUGCCCAAGAAGGCCCGGAUCUCUCACCUGACCAGCCGCGUCCAGCCCACCCCAAACGACCACCUGCCCCUGUCGAGCAAGGAGAAGCCCGCUGCCCCCGCCCCCCCACCUGCUGCUGCCGCCGCCUGCCCCGGCCCGCCCCCCCUGCCCCCGCCGCCCGGCGGCUCCGGCUCCAACUCCAACUCUCCCAGCACGCCGGAGGGCCGCGGCACACAGGACCUGCCCGUGGAGGGCUUCAGCCAGGAGCCGGGCGCACGAGAGCAACCGGCCCAGAGUCCCGCGGGCAGCCCCGCCCAGCCCGACUGCCUCGCCAGCAAGAAGCCCAGAAAGAAAUCCAAAAAACACAAGGAGAAGGAGAAGGACAGGGAGAGGGAGAGGGACAAGGAAAAGGAGAAGGACAAGGACAGGGACAGGGAGAGGGAGAGGGACAAGGAAAAGGAGAAGGAGAAGGACAAGGACAGGGACAGGGAGAGAGAGAAGGACCGGGAGGGCAAGCAGAAGGCGGAGCACACGGAGGAGAGAUCCCGGAAGAAACGCCCGGAGGCCGAGGAGGACCGAGGCCCCCGGACCGAGAGAAGCCCACGCCCAGACAAAGAAGGAACAAAAGCUGGCUGCCCCCAGUCCACCGACCUCUCCUCGGCCCCCGAGACGCCCGAUUACUUGACCAAGUACACGGCCGUGCAGUCCCCGGGCCAGCGGCAGAGCUACAAGGACGACUUCAACGCCGAGUACGAGGAGUACAGGGCUCUGCACGCCCGGGUGGAGAGCGUGACCCGCCGCUUCGCCAGGCUGGACGCACAGCGCCGCCGCCUGCCCCCGGGCACCAAGGAGUACCAGGUGAUACAUGAGGAGGUGUUGCAAGAGUACAAGAGAAUGAAAGAGAGCAGUCCGAAUUACCACCAGGAGAAGUGCCGCUGUGAGUAUCUGCACAACAAGCUGGCACACAUCAAGAGACUGAUCGGCGAGUUCGACCAGGCGCGGGCACAGCCCUGGCACUCCAGCUGCUGAGCCACCUUCCAGCCCGUCGGCACCAGCGCUCCUGCCGAGAGGGGAAAGCCUAUUUAUUAAAGAAAAGACGCUGUGGAAUAAGUCACUUUGUACUUCGAGCUGAAACAUUCAGCUUUACGUUUCGGGAAAAAUGUGAUUUUUUUUUUUAACCCAGGAAGAGGAUUCCUGGAUAUCCUCCCUGCUUUCUCCAUCCAGUCGGCAGCGUGUUUGCGGUUUCUGCAAGGAACCGAAGGAGAGGGCGUCGAUCCGCAUGUUAAACAAAUCUCAAAAGAGUUCGAGAAACCAUGAAGAUGUUUGAGUUGACAAAAGGUCUAUAUAUAUAUACACACAGUAUAUCUUCUAUUUCUAAGCAAUGCAAACCCUUUGCCUUAAGUGGUAGGAGGUUUCAGAAGCAAUUUGCACAUAAACAAAAUUUGAGAAGAUGGAGGGUGUAGACGGUGUAACCUGAAGGCUCUAAACUGCCUGUCCGUGUUUCGACGCUCCUCAUCGCGUGCUGCACCUCGUCGAGCCCCCGUCGCGUAGAUUGCCUUAAGGUGUUUGCUGAUUUAUACUCGGAGGCUCUCAACCAGUUUCACCUGCUGCCCGCCGGCCCCCUGACCAGCGGGGCGCGUGCUGUGGCCUGUCGCCCCGUGAGAGGAUGAGGGUGUGAGUGCGUGCGUGUGUGCGUGCGUGCGUGGCAGGGGAGGGGGAGACGUGUGAAAAACAAAGAUGUCUUUUUAAGUGCGAAAAAGCUGCUACUCCACGUCGGCCAGAACACUCAGGAUAAAACUGCCGACCGACGGUCAGUGUUUCUCCUGUCGACUUGUAACUUCCUCUGGGAAAACGAGCCUUUCCGUUUAUCAGCUUUGUUAACAAAGGAAUUAUAAAAGUUGAUUACAAAGAUUUAAAUAUCUAUAGUUUUGGAGGAAAAAAAAAGUCUAUUAUGUAGGGGACGUUUGUAUAAUAUAUUAUUUUUGAAAAGAGAAAUUAUAUGCAAAGAAGCCGUCACCUACAUAAAAAUGUAUAUUUAACAAAUGUAUUCCUCCUGGGUUGCCAGGAAUUUCAGAGCAGAAGUAUUUAAUUAUAAGAGUAUGAACAUCAAAUAGCACAAACUUUCAUUUCGAUUCAUGACCUUUUCUGUUCUUGAAAACAAGUUUCUGUUGAUUGAAAUCAUCCCAGCUUAAUUUAUGUGGGAACAUUGUUGCUGGGGUGGGUGACUUUUCUUUUCAUGUCGGUGUUUCAUGAUAAAAGUGCUGCCAAUCCGAUAAGGGAAGCAUUAUGUUUACAAAGCGGAGUGUUAGAAUGUUUGCCAAAAGGCUUUUGGUUUCAUCCAAUAAAGCUGCGUCUCCACUUGCAGUGCGGGUCGGCCAGGCGCUGUAACCCGGGAUCGGGGAAGUGCUGCUUCACGCAGGCGCAGCGCCAGCAGGUCCGGUCUGCAGCCACGUCCCCUUCGUCCGCGCCGCCCUCGUGCACGUCCAGCUCUCUUCUGUGCCGUUCAGGUUAAACGGGUACAAUCCGUGAUCCGCAUUUGAUGAGUGAUGAUUCCACGAGCUGCAGACGUGCUGAGGUGUUUGGGUACCAUCCUGCAGAGCGAAAGGGAAUUUGCUGUGGCCUCCUUGAGGAGCUCGUGCGCGGCAGAGCCAUGUAACCUCUUGGAUCUGUUCAGUGUUGUGAUCAUGCCUGCAGCUGCUGUUCUCAGGUGGAGUACAGCUGUUGUGGCCACGUUCUGUCUUGGUGCAAAGUAAUUUCAACACCCAAAAAAGGUCCUCCAGUGAGGCUAUUUUCUUGAUAUUUAGGAGCAUCUCUGAGGUGCAAGAAACAGGAUCUCAAGUCAAGUGACUAACAGGCCUUAACUGCAGUUUGAGAUGAGGAAUCUCUCGGAUCCAACAAUGGUGGAACUUGGACAGUAUUAAUUUUGCCAUAGGCUUGUAAUCGAAGAUUUUAAUCUAAAAGAAAAAUAACAGCUCCAAUGUCAUCUAAUCACAGCUGGGUUUAACCUACGGCACAGUUAAUAGGAACCCAGAGUCUGUGAUUUGCUUUUUUAUCCCCGUUUCUCACAGAUAUGUAAUUUAAUUCUGGUUUAAGGUGUUGCAUCAAAUGGCACUGAAACUGGAGAUGCCCUGCACAGACACCCAAAAUGUGUAAGAAAGGCCAGGAAGUUAGGGUGAGACUUUGAAGGAGUUUUACUUAGUUUCUUGGUGAAAGACUAAGAGAAGGAACUGAACUUAAUCUUCUCUCGGAUGAGCCAUACCAGCGAAUGUUUAAUGUGUCCUUGCCUAUUGCUAGUUCCCCAAAUCAACAUUUAAGAUCAUCUGUUGUGGAAAAACUUCCUAGAAGCCAUUUUGUCCUUCUUUACGUCACUGUCAAUUAGAUCUCAACGAUACUUGAGGUUCGCUUCAGCAGCUACUGACAGCGGUCCGUUUCUUCUGCGUGUAGCCAGAGACGUUGAAACUGCCAGCGUCGCAGAUAAGUCCAACUUCUGUGGCCAAAAAAAAAAAUAGCUGAAAUAUUUCUUCCACAAUGUAACUGACAAAUGCAUAAUGUCCCUUUAAAAAAAAAAAGACACUAUUUCACUGCAACUGCUGAACAUAUGUAAGAGCAACUCAACUGAAAGAUUUGUAACACUAAAGUGUUGAUUCCCUUUAGAGAAAUGAACGUUGCUCCAGGACGGCACAGGCUGUGCAAGAUCAAGUGACAAACGUUUCUCGCUUUGCUAAGUAGUGCUUCAUUUCGAAGUGGAGAGCUGCAGUACUCCUUUCUCGGAGACGCUCUCAGCCCUUCCUCAGAAAAGCGUUUAGUCCUACUGCUUUGCAGCAUUCUGUUUCUUCCAAGCAUGCCAUUAACGUCUCCACGCAGGAGGGUGGGAGCAGUGAAGGGGCUGCUGCACCUCCUUCAUUUUCAUUCAUUCCCUGCGGAUGAAGUGGGCCAUGUUCGCUUUGAUCGCUGUGUGGCUUCGGCCAGUCCUGGCUGCCUUCGUUGUCUUCUAAUUGUUUGUGGCUGGAUGCCGUGAUCCUGGUGUGCAGGUUCUCCCCAAGCCCUUUGAAGUCUGUCCGGUGCUCACGGCUGGCACCCGUGUUUGCCGAACGCCCGUCCUUCUGCGCGGCUGGGGCUGGAGCUCUGCCGCUCUGCCGCUCUGCCGCGCUGCCAGAUGGGCCGGGAAGAGUUUCGGCACCAGGGGUGUGGAGCCGCGGAAUUGAACUGUGUGAAAGAACUGGAUUUGGGGGAGGUGUCUUAAUACGUGGUUCUCUCCCCAACUCUGGAAGUGUCUUCAUGUACAAAACGUCCUGUUGCUGGGGCCCGCCCCACACUGCUCUCCGGGCGGCUCGGCUUCAGAAACACGUGGAGACAGGGCGGCGGGGAGUGCUUCUCCUCUGCCCGCUCUCCUGAAUAUGUUAUUCAGCAGUUCAAUAAAAUGUGAACUUAA